ACAGCUUUAGCUUGCCCAAGAUCGUGGUCGUGGCAAGACGCGGCUAACGCCUCGUCGACGCGUUUUGGUUGUACCAAUACAUCAGUACAGUACACAUUCCUGCAGCAGACCACCAGUUCCGCAAGCAACCUUGUAAAUAAAAAGCUUGCAGCCAUGCCAAGCACCCCACUCAUUAUCGGGCUCGCGGCCACCGCGCACGCACUCGUCGCACCCACUACGCCGCACCAGCGCCUCGCGCCCACGAACGCCGUCGCCGAUUUGCUGCGGGACGCGAAGUUAGAUAUUCCGUGGCUCGCCGAGGGCGAGGCGCCGAAAGAAAACAAGGUCAACACGCCCGACUCGGCCAAGCGCAUCUUCGCGCUGCCGACGGCGCCGAAGAGGGUAGAAGAGUCGCCGGAGCGCGUCGAAGAAGUAAGAGCGCGCGCGCGGACGGCGGCGGCCGACGCCGCCGCGUUGCGCGGCAUGCUCACGGGCGACGCCGAUCAGACGGCCUGGUGGCGCUCGCCGCCGCCCGCCGGCGAGGGUACUGAGAGGGACCUCACGACGGACGAGCCGCUGCGCGUGUUGGUGGCAGGCGGGGGUUUGGCCGGCCUCGUGACGGCCGCCGCGUGCCACUCCAAGGGCAUGAAGGUGGCCCUCUUCGAGCAGGCGUCGUCCUACGCGCCCUACGGCGGGCCCAUCCAGAUUCAGAGUAAUGCGCUGCGGGCCAUCCAGCGCAUCAACCCCCAGAUUUAUGAGGAUCUCGUGCAAGCGGGCACGUGCACCGCCGAUAGGGUAUCUGGCCUGAAGAUCGGCUACAAGCGGGGCAACAAGCUCGCGGGUUUGUACGACAAGGGCGACUGGCUCGUGCGUUUUGAUACAUUAGGCCCGGCGCUCGAGGCCGAGCUGCCUCCCACGGUCGUUGUAGAUAGACCGGUGAUCCAGCAGAUCUUCGUCAAGCACGGCUUCCCCGCCGAUACAGUUCGAAUCAAGUCGCGCGUCGUGGACUACGAGGACCGGGGCGGCUGCGUCAAGGUCACGCUGGAAGACGGCACCGAGGCGUUCGGGGACGUGCUGGUCGGCGCGGACGGCGUCUGGUCGUCCGUGCGCAAGAUCAUGCACGGGUUAGAUGAAGGCGCGGGCGGCGACGCCGCGUCGGGCGCGGCGGGCGGCGCCUUGGACGAGGCCGAGGCGCGCAAGAUGGCGCGCGACACGGUGCGCGUGGCCCAGAAGGCGUUGCGGAGGUACUCGGGCUUCACGUGCUACGCGGCGCUCGCGAACCACAAGGCGUCGAACAUCGAAGAAGUCUCCUACCAGAUCCUGCUAGGCGACAAGAAGUAUUUUGUGAGCACCGACGGCGGCGGCGAGCGGCAGCAGUGGUUCGCGUUGAUAAGGGAAGACGCGGGCGGUGUCGACCCGGAGCCGACGCCGGAGAACCCGACGCCCAAGCUCGAUCGUUUGAGGAGAGAGUUCGCGAACGGCGACGCCUACGCGUGCGACCAGGACGGCAAGGUCUGGGACGGCUUCGCGCUGGAGCUCGUCGACGCGACGCCCGAGGAGGAUAUUAAGAGGAGAGAUCUCUACGACGGCGCACCUCUCUUAGCGACGUGGGACCCGAAGCGGUGGCUCGCGCCCUGGGCUUCUGGUAGGGUCGCGAUCUGCGGGGACGCGGCGCACCCGAUGAUGCCCAACCUCGGCCAGGGCGGCUGCCAGUCGACCGAGGACGGCUACCGCCUAGCCGAGGAGCUCGCGACGGUGCAGCACACGAAGCAGACGGCGGGCGCUUUGGGAUCGUACUCGCGCAAGAGAGUGUUUAGGACGUCCAUCGUGCAGGGCUUCGCGCAGCUCGGGUCGGACCUGCUCGUGGACUUCGACCUCAUGAUGACGAUCCCUUUGAUAGGGCCCUUCUUCCUCACGGCGACGCAGCUGUCCAUGCCCUGGAUCCUGCGGUUCCUCUACACGCCCGAGUUCUAG